ACGUGCAGUGGAGCUUCAAAGAGGAAGGAAGAUGGCGGACAACAAAGGCGAAGAGGAUAUGGAACCGUCUACUAAUUUGGACUCCGUACCUUCAGCGCCUGAAAAUGAGCAGCCAGAGACUAAAACGGAGAAGGCAGAAAAUGUUGUCGAGGCGAAAACAAAGGAAGACGAAGAGACCGAGCCGAGCAAUGUCGUUAACGAGGCACCGACACCCACUAGUGAAGGAGGGGACGUUAGCAACAGCAGCGGAGCGGCGGAUGGUGCUCUGGGUGAAGCCAACGGGAACGCUAGCACGGCCGUUAGCCCGGCCGAAACCAGCAGCACCGAUGCGGAGCCGGCGACAGAAACUGUACCUGCCGGCGAGGCCCCCGUUGGCGGACUCCAAACUGAAAUGUCCCCCCCUCCCACGGCUCCCGCGGCCACGCCGGUAUCCACUCCCAUUAAUCUGCUGGAUACGUGCGCAGUGUGUAAACAAAGUCUCCAGAGCCCAGACUGUGAACCAAAACUUCUGCCUUGUCUACACUCGUUUUGCCUAAAAUGUAUCCCGCAGCCGGAGCGACAGUUGAGCUUACAGGUGACCGGGCCACACGGGCAGGCGGACACGCACAUAGUAAAUGUUAUGCGGUGUUCGGUUUGCCACCAGGACUACAAACAAAGUGACAUUAUUGACAACUACUUUGUGAAAGACACCACAGAGGCAACCAGCAAAUCUGACGACAAAGCUUCAAAGGUGUGCACAAGUUGCGAUGACAACGCAGGAACCAUCGCCUACUGUGUUGAAUGUGUAGAAUGGCUGUGCAAGACCUGUGUUGAGGCCCACCAGAGGGUCAAAGUUACCAAGGACCACAAAAUUCGAACAAAGGAAGACCAAGACGCUGCCUCCGGUAAGACCGGGGACCCUCACGAUGGAGGAACUACUUCUGAGUCGACUAGUGCUUCAGGACAAAGGCCAGUUUUCUGUCCCGUCCACAAGAAGGAGCCGUUGAAACUUUUCUGUGAGACUUGUGACACGUUGACCUGCAGGGACUGCCAACUUCUGGAGCACAAGGAGCACAGGUACCAGUUUCUGGAGGAAGCGUUCCAGAACCACAAGGAUGUCAUUGAGACCAGCAUUGCUAAGCUACAAGAGAAGAAAAACUACGUCCAUUUUUCAGUUUCUCAAGUGCAAACCCGGUUAAAAGAGCUGAAUGAAACGCACCGAAAAGUCGAGCAUGAGAUCAAAAUCGCUGUAUUCACGCUGAUAAAUGAAAUCAACAAAAAGGGCAAAUCUCUGCUUCAGCAGUUGGAGAGUGUGACCAAAGAGCGCAGUUUGAGGCUUGUAAAUCAGCAUAAGGAUACCACCCAGCUGGCCCAGCAGAUCCAGCAUGUGCUCAACUUCUGCCACUGGGCCAUCACGACUGGCAGCAGCACAGCGCUCCUCUACAGCAAGAGGCUGAUCUUGUUCCAACUUCGCCAGCUCUUUAAAGCUCGACUGGAGCCGGCGCCACAGGCCAAUGGAGUGGUGCGCUUCUUUUGUGACCCCACCUUCUGGGCCAAAAAUGUAGUCAAUCUAGGUAAUUUGGUCGUGGAGAAACCGCCUCCACCUCCACAACCGGGCGCUAUGAUGGUUGGAGGGCCGCCGAUGCCACCAGGGCAAGGUCACCCUGGGAAGCACCCGGGACAGAUCAACCUGGCCCAGCUCCGACUGCAGCACAUGCAGCAGGCAGCCUAUGCACAGAAGCAUCAGCAGCAGCAGCAACAGCAGCAGCAGCACCAGCACCAGCAGCAAAUUCAGCAGCAGAUGCGCAUCGCCUCCCAAAUGUCCCAGCAGCACGCCAGACAGGCCGGUCCGUCCAUGGCUCAGCAGCAGCAGCCUCCAAGACUCAUCAGUAUGCAGCAGCUCCCCAGAGGGCCUGGGGGGAUGAACGGGGGUCCCGGCCCCCCCAUGUUCCCCUCCUCCCAUCACAUGCGUCUGCCCGGCCCGCCACAGAGUCGAUUGCCCUCAGCGCAGCCGCGGCAUAACGGGCAGCCGUUUCCUCCCAUGAUGCAGCCACAGCUACAGCGGCAGAUGUCUAUAGAAUCUGAGAUGAGCCACCAAAGGUUUCGUUUCUUACUACAAUCAGGGCAUUCCAACCCGGGGCAUGCAGGGCCCUUCCCAGUGGCGUCCCUCCAUAACGCCAACCCGACGAGUCCCACCAGUGCCAGUAUGGCCGGGGCGCACGCCCACCGCGGCCCCGCCAGUCCGAUCAUAGGCCCCAUCGAGCUCAUCCCCUCCGUCACCAACCCUGAGAACCUGCCCUGCCUACCUGAGAUCCCGCCCAUUCAGCUGGAGGAUGCAGGCUCCAGCAACCUCGGACACCUCCUCUCUCGUUACAUCACAGCGAGCACGCAGCAUCAGCUGGGCUCAUUGGACGUGAACGCCUCACCUGGGCUGUCCACACACUCUCCGGGCUCUUCAGGUUUGUCGAGUGCCCACACGCCAGCACGACCUUCCAGCACGUCCAGCACAGGCAGCAGGGGCAGCUGCAGCUCUGCGGGAAGGUCGGGGCAGGGAGGUGGAGCUGCUGUGGACCAGGUGAGGGUGAAGCAGGAGCCCGGCACAGACGACAGCUACAGCUGUCCGGGUUCAUCUCUGAAGACAGAGCGGGGCAAAGAUUCUGGGAGGAGCGCCUGCAUGAUGAGCAAUCCAGAGGACAGCUCUCUUCCCCUGUUAGGAGCUGGGUCUGCCGGCCAGGACGCCACCGGCCGGAUCAAGACAGAACCCCGGGCAGAGUCUUCGUGUUCGGGUCUGAACGGAUCCACGCCGUCUUCUUCCUCUGCCACUUUGACCUCCACUACCUCACAACCCACUGAGAAACCCGGCCCUCCGCUCACUAAUGGAAACCUGGGCAAGGACACUCCGAACACGGGGGCGUCUGCCGCGGCGGGGGGUCCCGGCGGGAAAGAGGACGACCCCAACGAGGACUGGUGCGCCGUCUGCAUCAACGGCGGCGACCUACUAUGCUGCGACCGCUGUCCCAAAGUGUUCCACAUGAAAUGCCAUGUACCCACCAUCAAAAUCUUUCCAAAGGGGGAUUUUCUCUGCACGUUUUGCCGGAGUCUCACCGAACCCGAAAUAGAAUACUGUGACGACAGCAAGAAGAUCAAAGGAGAGCAGCCCCUCAGGCCCGAGGACCAACGGAAAUGUGAACGACUGCUGCUGUACAUCUUCUGCCAUGAGCUGAGCGUGGGCUUCAGGGAGCCGGUCCCUUCCUCUGUGCCCAACUACUACAAGAUCAUCAAGCAGCCCAUGGACCUGAAGAAGGUGAAGAAGAAGCUGCAGUUGCGGAGUCAGCAGUACUAUCAGUCCGUCCAGGACUUUGUGUCUGACAUGCGCCUGGUCUUCCACAACUGUGCAAAGUACAAUGAGAUGUCUCGAAUAAUCCAGGUUUAUGAUGAGGAGAAACAGAUUAAUACGCAGGUGGGAUCAGAGAUGGCCAUAUCCGGCAAGGCCGUGAGCCUGUUCUUUGAGGAGAAGUUGCAGGAGAUGUUCCCCGGCCAAAGCUUCCCCGAGACGCCCGAGCCGGAGCCGGAGGCCGCCAAGGAGCCGGAGAAGCAGGACGAGGAGACGGAGGACUCGGAGGACGACUUCAUACAGCCCAGACGCAAACGGUUGAAAACGGAUGAAAAGGUGGUCCACAUCAAGUGAGGGUCCGCCACGACGGACGCCAGAGAAGUGGGAAAUAAACUGUCUUCCUCACGCACCACCCUUCUCUUGUCUUUGGAUGUGACAGAUUAAAAAGAAUGGAGCUUUCGGUUCAAACUGUUCGAUUGAUCUCAUUCUUGAAUCUGGAAAAAAAAAAUGACUGUCCACCACACGACGCGCCCGCUUUUCUCAGAAGUCUGGCCAACAGACAGAAGAGCGACAUUCCUUCGUGAAACCACGAACAUUCAAAUGGCUUGUACAGCUUUUGAUGUAGGACUUGUUUUGAAGUAGUUAGCAGUCGGUCAUUUCUUUUCUAUCAUGCAUUUUCAUUUGUAGAAUGGUUGUGAGAAUUGCUUUCUAAACCAUCCAGAUCCUCCAGUUCUGUUCAGUGUAAGAUCUCUAUACUUUGACAUGAAACCUACCAAGUAUUUGUAUCAAUUUGUGGAAAUGUAAUGUAAAUAAGAGAAUCUAGGCCCUCGAAGGUAUUCCUACAGUAUAGAUGUUUGGGUUCGUCAUUAAUAAAAUUCGUUCUUGAAAUAUAACGGAGAACAUAUGUUGUGCGGCGCUUGACUGUAAGAGCACACGUGUUCUUACAUGUUAUGUUUGGUUUUCACAACUGUUGCAUUCAUGGGGAAAACUAACUCGGCGUUUCCAGGAAACGGUCCACAGAUGUGAGUUUGAGGUGCAACAGGAGAAGCUCAGGUGAGGCAGCAUCGGUAAACCAAUCCGGCGAGACGCAGCAGGAAAGCAACGCUGCAGGAUGGGAGAGAGAGAAAGUGCUCCUUCAUCACCAGGACAUGGAGGGUCUCAAAUUCUGAAUAAGAUGUGUUGAGUUUUUAUGUUGUGAAAGAUUUCCUCGCUCCUUUGAUCAGACUGUCUUUUUCCAUUGUGUGAAAUGCAUUGAGUG